CGUGUGGAUGAGAGAGAGAAAGAGAGAGAGAGAGAGAGGUAACAUAAAGUCUCGGGACUACACGAUUUAAUCCAUGCCAACUGCAAUGGUGGCCCCACCACCACUACAUAGCUAGGCUGGAUGAUGCCCCCGCAAGCCACCAAGGUGAAGACGGCAAAGUAGCAGGAAAUAACCAUGUGUCAUUGCAGGCGGGGUUUUGGCCCUUGGCCACGAAUGAAGUACGGUGAUCGCUUUCCUCGCGGGCUAUCCCCACCGUGAUUCAAAUACAUAAAUAACUCUUCAAGCCAAACCCUGAGUUUCAUCUACACCCCUUAACAGACAGCUCAUAUUCCUCUCACACACGCUCAACAUGCCUCGUGAUGCCGAUUUCCUCAGCCCUCGCGAUCUCCUCGUCAACGACAACUUCUGCCUGAAGUUGGCUUCGUUCAAACAGCUCGCAAAUGUUAUUGUGAAGACGGAGAACCUGCCCCGGGACGAUGAUAGCCUCCGCCAGAAGACCGGGUUCUGGGAGAGCGGUUACCAGAUUCUCUAUAGCUAUCUGAACCCCAUCGCCCAGCAAUUCUGGACAGUACAGAACGUCGCUCUCAACCUGAAUGAAACAUAUAACUACACAGACACUGUCUGUCAGAAGGUCUUGGACCUUUGCGACCGUGCCCCCGACGACUACGACAAAAUCUUCAUGGACCUCGAAGCCUUGCGCAAGGAUCCCGACAACGCGUCCCUGCGCGAGAAGGUCCUGGAAGAGGUCAACGACCGCCACUCCGAGGUUAAGACUCUUCGAGACCAAGCCACCAUCUGGAGCAGAGACCUGCAUUCCUACAGCAUGGACGCAGGUGAUUGCGAGACGACCGUGCGUGGCCUGGCCGCCCCCUUCCAGGGCUCCGCGCUACGCGAUCGGUUGAUCGAGGAGGAUGCCCAGGAUAACCUCCAGGACGACCUGGAUGCUUUGGGGAAUGUCAAGAGCCUGCUGGAUGGAUUCAGCAUGGUGGACGAUAUGGGCGCUUCACUGGAGGAGGUGCAGAAGAUGUCCGGGAGUGCGACGCUCAUUGAGGAUGAUAUUCAGAACCUGGUUGACUAUCUUGAUAAGCAUGUGGAUCCGGAUGACAACCCGCUCGAAGGGCUGGUUGAGCGGAACCUGCUGAAAAGAUGGGCCACUCUGCAAGAACAUGUCAUCGCGUUCAAGAAUGCAUACAUGAAUUGAGAUCGGGACGACGGAGCAAGGCUACAGGAGGUAAAGCACGCACAAACCAGAAAGGAAGGAUUAAUGGAGUCUGAAAGUAGAUAUA